GGUUAGUGAGUCAGUAUGGUAAUCCAGUCCAAAAUAUUAAUGGUCAACUUGAAGAUGAUAGUUCGGAUCAAUCAAUGAAAUCUUUAGAUCCUAUUAUGAAUAAGGGUAAUGGCUGUAUUUUUCUAUGUUAUGGACCGCCUGGUACCGGAAAGACUUUGACGGCUCAGAGCGUGGCGGAACAUUUGAGAUUGCCACUAUGGAUACUCACUGUACGUGAACUUGGAACGUCUCCCGAAUCGUUAGAAAAAGAAUUAGUUAAAGUUUUGGAUAUCGCUUAUACAUGGAAGGCCGUUAUUUUACUCGAUGAGGCCGAUAUUUACCUUGAAAGACGCAGUACUGUUGAUCUAACUCGUAAUACAAUGGUUGGAAUAUUUUUGCGUCUGCUUGAAUAUUAUCAAGGCGUAAUGUUCCUAACCACGAAUCGAGUAAUAACCUUUGAUGAAGCAGUAUGCUCUCGAGUUAACAUGUUCCUUCAUUAUCCUAAACUCGGACUGAAUGAAAAACGCCAAGUCUGGAAAAACUUUAUUAAACGCGCCAACCUUCCUCUCGAUGCUGAAGACUUUAUAAAUUAUGAAUUAAAUGGUCGUGAAAUUCGCAAUGUUCUUCACGCUGCGCGAUUGUUGGCCAAGAAUAAAGGCAAAUCUUUGACUGCAAAUAAUGUGAUUGAUAUUAUCGAUAUUAUUCAAGAGUUUCGGAAA